AUGGUCGUCAAUCAGGCAUCUGCAUGCCCGUCCAUUCUCAACGCAAGUCCAGAAGCAGCGGCGGCUGGAAAUCUCGCUAUCCUGCGUGAUGGAGACAAAUUGCACAUUGAUCUACGGAAGAGGAAGGUGGAUGUCCUCAUUAGUGACGAAGAAUUGCAACAGCAGAGACAGGAGCUGGAUACACAAGCAGGAUACCCAAUGGUUCCUAGCUCGACACCGUGGCAGGAGAUAUACAGGCUGGAAACCGAUCAAUUGGGCAAUGGCAUGGUAAUGGGCAAGGCCACCAAGUAUCGCGGGCUGGGGCAGCUGGAUGGGCCGAGACAUAACUAA